AUGGACAAUGCAUCCAAUAAUGAUACAUUUAUGUUGGAGCUUGAGAUAGAACUGGAAAUGAGAGGUAUUCCCUUUGAUCAUGCUGAUCUUCAUGUAUAUACCAACACCUUGUCAAAUGAACCUGUUGGACAAUGUCAUGGUAUUGUCAAUGCUUGCAGACACUCAGGGCAGCAUCAUUGUUGGAACAACAAUGGAUAUUGGAAGGGUAAGCUUCCUGAUGAUAAGGAGACAUUGCCUGUGCUCUGGCUUUUGCAAGAUUGUUUGACUUGUUGGUCAUCAACAUUCAAAAUGAUUGAUCGUGUUCUCACAUUGCAUCCAGCUAUCCAAUCAUUCCUGCAGGAAAUCCAGAAUGUGGACAUUGCCCACCUUUCAAUGGACUUGAAAGAUAUUGAUGUCCUUUGUGACAUUCAUCAAAUCAUCGAAGUUCCACAUGCAGCUCCAGAACUACUUACAAGCAAGCAUACUCCAACCCUAUCUAUGGCCAUUCCUGCAUACGAACUCCUACAGACCAAAUGGACCAAGCUGAAGGGCACCAUUUGGGAACUUGCCCACUAUAUUGAAAUUGGCCUUGACAAGCUUUCUAACUACAUUCAUCAAGGCAGGAAAACACAGAUCUACACUCUUGCAAUGAUUAUCAAUCUGAGCUUAAAACUUGAAUAG